AUGGAUAUCCAGACCAUCUACGAGGACGCAGCUACGUCAUGGGGGCCCGACACUAAGGACUCAAUGCCACGAAGCCCUACACUCUACUCCCCCCUGGCAAGACCCGAGACACCCCCUACAUUUACACAACCUGAGGAUGUGUUUGAUGGGGUGGCCAUCCCCCACCACAACACCCAGACCCCCACACCCAGACCCCCACACCCAGUCCCCCACCACAACACCCACACCCCCACCAUAACACCCAGACCCCCACCCCAACACCCAGACCCCUACCACAACACCCAGACCCCCACACCCAGUCCCCCACCACAACACCCAGACCCCCAGCACAACACCCAGACCCCCACCCCCACACCCAGGCCCCCACACCCAGACCCAGACCCCCCACACCCAGACCCCCACCACAACACCCAGACCUCCACACCCAGACCCCCACACCCAGACCCCCACCACAACACCCAGACCCCCACCACAACACCCAGACCACCACACCCAGACCCCCACCACCACACCCAGACCCCCACCACAACACCCAGACCCCCACCACAACACCCAAACACCCACCACAACAUCCAGACCCCCACCACAACAUCCAGACCCCCACCACAACACCCAUACACAGAACACCACACCCAGAUCCCCACACCCAGACCCCCACCACAACACCCAGACCCCCAUCACAACACACAUACCUCCACACACAACACCUCGUCCCCCACACCCAGACCACCACUACAACAGCCAGACCCCCACACCCAGACCCCCAUCACAACACCAAGACCCCCACACCCAGACUCCCAUCACAACACCCAGACCCCCACACCCAGACCCCGACCACAACACCCAACCUAA